GCUGGCCAGGUGGGCGAGAUCUGCUUUUUCGGGGAGCAAGUGAUGUUGGGUUACUGGGACAACCCCGAGGUGACCAGACAGACUAUCGACCAAGACGGAUGGCUCCACACCGGCGACAUCGGCUAUUUUGAUAACAAGGAGAGGCUGCACGUGGUCGAUCGAGUCAAGGAUCUGAUCAAGUACAAAGGCUAUCAAGUCUCUCCGUCGGAGAUAGAAACCGUCUUAUUGUCGCAUUCCGAAGUAAAGGACGCCGCGGUCGCUGCUAAACCUGAUGAACGCAGCGGCGAGAUC